AUGUCCGAUUUCCAACUAGUUUACCAGUCUUUAUAUCCUGCGAAUGAUAAUCAAAAUUUGAAUUUGGUUGAUAUUUCAACAUAUUCAGUUGAUUGUGCCAAUGUUUAUUCAUCAGACUUAACAACACAACAACAUCAACCACCUAGAACAUCAACUAGUCCUGUAUCAAACGAUACUACAAAACAUUAUUCGCCUUAUUCAACGCCACAUCAAUUACCUCUGCCAUUUCUACAAGCUCAAAUAAUCACCCAAAAUAUGGUACAUAUCUGCCCAUGGAUUGAACAAAUGGGACAAUAUUACAACUACUGCAUAUGA